AAGGUGAUUGCCAUUGGGGAGUGGUUUGAUGGAGUAGCCUGUCUCAAAUCGUCUGUUGGGUGUUUCAGUAAGAAUGUAGUUGAUCUGGUAAAGAACAAAGUAACCUAGUAAGGCUAGGAUAUUUGGAGAAAAUUCAUACAGGUGUCAAGAAGGAAUAAAGCAAACAUGCGAAAGGAGACAUUUUUGUGAGUUGUAUAUCUUCUGGGAACCUCAAGACUCCUGAGUUUAUAUCUUGAUCUUUAACCAGCUUGCUAAGAAACAUGGGUGUUUGGGUUACCUUACCCAUUAUUCUUUCUGCCAUCUCAAUGAUCGGGUCAUGGACAGUAUAUGGAAUUGCAUUAAGUUUAAACCAUGUCUGCUCACUUAACAACUGGGAAUACACAAACUCAUGUCUGACAAAUGAAACGUGUUGCACUUUGAAAAAUGUUCCCACAAUAAGUUCAAGUGGAACAAACUUACCAGAGAACUCCCUUUUCUCUGCAACAAUCAAUGCCGGUUCAUUUUUGUUCCUGAUUUUCAGCAUUUUUCAUCAUGCACAUAUUGUGGACAGAAGCAGUGUUAAUUACCUACUCAGUAAGAUUGGUAUGGUUAUCGGCUGUGUGGCAGCGGCAGGUGCUUUUGUGUCUGGGAACUUUAAUCCAGAAAAGUUGAUGGUGCUCCAUUAUCUGGGAGCUGGAUUGAGUUUUGUAUGUAUAUGUCUCUAUACCACCAUCCUGACAUACCUCACUGGAAAAUGUUCCCUUACCGGGUAUGAACGGUUCCUCUACCCGCUACGUGUUGUCUUUUCAACGAUACAGAUUUCUGCCACCAUCCUCUACAUCAUCUUCUUCAUUCAGAUGACGUACUAUUAUAAGCACAUCGCUGCUGUAUUUGAAUGGAUUCUCAGUCUCAAUCUGGAGCUCUAUGAACUCAGCUAUACUGUAGAGUUUUACUUUUUCUCAUCAUCAAUGAUUUCAGUGCUUUUAGCAAACAAAGAAGAGGAGAAACCUUUGAUUUUAUCUUGAUGUUGGACAAUUUCUGAGUUUUAUUCCGUAUAGAUUCGUUAAAUCUAACUAUGCAAGCACUGGAUUUACUUUGGGGCAGGAUAUUUCGUGGUGGAGAAAGGGCACCAGUCACUGCUGAUAGGCACUUUAAAGUUAGCGUUUUACUUUUUAGAAAACUACAUGAUUUGACAUUUUUGGAAUUGUUAAAGAUCUUAAUGCAAUAUUUGAGAUGUAUUAGCCUAUCUAAAGACAAAUGUUCUUAAAGCUACAGUAGUUCUCAUCAGACUGCACAGGUUAAUAUUUCUUAGAUUGAUGCGUGCUGCUUAAAUGACUGCUUGUGUUUGCUUCACAUUUUUAAUCUCAUUGUGAAUAAUGUUGAAUCAGUUGCUGGCAGGAAAUAGGUAUUUAUCAGUAAUGAAAGUUAUGGUCCAUAGAAAGAGAGAACAAUAAUAAACUUAUUUUUUACUAA